AUGAGGCGCUUUCAGCUGCUGAGGAAGUUGCCUUUCCUCUGGUCACAGAGAGCCGGCGCGCAGGAUGGAGAAACCCGCUUACUUAUACCAAAGGGAGAGAGCGAUGAUGGUCCGGCAACAGGUGCCUCUGUGUACCAGGGGACUGAAACCGGGGACUCCGACAGACCCGGCGAGGCUGAGGGCCAGAAGGACGGGCCGCCUGACGCACCCUCCUCCGGGCCACGCAGGCCCCCCGACACCCUCGGCGACUACCUCCUCAAGCUGGUCCUGCUCACCUGCAACCUGGUGUUCACGGCCUUCGGCCUGUCGCUGCUCGGCCUGGGCCUGUGGGGCCUCGUCAACAAGGAGUCCUUCGCCCAGGAGCGCAUCGGGCAGAUCGGCACCGACCCCAUGCUGCUGUUCCUGCUGCUGGGCCUGCUGAUGUCGCUGACGUGCGUGACGGGCUGCGUGGGCGCGCUGCGCGAGAACUACUGCCUGCUGCGCGUCUUCUCGGCCAUGGUGCUCACCAUGGUGGCGGCGCAGGUGCUGGCGGCCAUCUUGGCCUACAGCCUGCAGGACAAGAUCGUGGGCGUGCUGCGCUCCGGCAUGCUGCUGGCCAUGGCGCGCUACCAGGACGACCUGGACAUGAGGUUCAUCACCGACGAGAUCCAGACGGGCCUGCAGUGCUGCGGAGCGGACAACUACCGGGACUGGGAGGUCAACGUGUACUUUAACUGCUCGGCCCCUGGCAUGCAGGCGUGUGGAGUUCCGGCCUCGUGUUGCCUGGACCCUCUGGAGAACGGCACCGUGUGGAACUCGCAGUGCGGCUUUCGGGCCCUGGAGCUGGGCGAGUUCACAGCCCAGAGCGUCAUCUUCCUCGGAGGCUGCCUGGGCUCCAUGGCCCGCUGGAUCGAGCAGCACAACGGACUCAUCGGCACAGUGGCCGUGGCGCUGCUCCUCGUGCAGGUCCUCGUGCUGUUCGUCACCACCAGGCUAAUGGAUAAGAUACACUGGAACAGGGCAGUGACUCAGCACUAUGCUCAGGUCUCCAGGACAUGA